GUCAUAUUACAACUUAUAACGGGUCUACAUAAGUCUCCGUCGGAUUUAAGGCAAUUCUCGCAAAGAUGAGCGCAGCUUCCACACCCGUCUCCCGGGUACGACCAGGAUGGAUGUCAUCCGAUUUGAAGAAUAAGGGUCUGUCUCCUGCAGGCAGCAGCACUCCACUGCUGUCGGCUUUCCCUGGAAACGAUGAUGAGCAGGAGCGACGUCAGCGUAGGAGGUCAAGAGUCAUUGACCUUCAAGCUGCAAGUGAUUCCUCCUUAAAUGACUCUGCAUCUCACAGCACUGUGGGAACUCCUGCUGCCGUGCCCAAGUUGUCAAAUGCACAGAUCUCAGAGCAUUACUCCACCUGCAUAAAACUCUCCACUGAAAAUAAAAUCACCACCAAAAAUGCAUUUGGUCUGCAUUUGAUUGAUUACAUGGCUGAUAUUCUCAAACAAAAGGAUUCAGAGCUCACCAACUUCAAGGUGGCAGCUGGCACUCUGGAUGCCAGUACGAAAAUCUACGCUGUGAGAGUGGAUGCUGUUCAUGCUGAUGCCUACAGAGUGCUGGGUGGUCUGGGUGCUGAAACCAAACCUGGAGAGGGCCAUGGUGCAACAGAGGAAGAUGGAGAUGAUGCAGGACUUGCAGGAGGUGAAGUCACUGCCAAGCAGCCAAAGAAGAAAAGGCCUCCCAAGAAGACAGUAGAGCAGAACCUGAGCAACAUCAACAGUGCUGAGUCUGAGAGGAGAUGUGAGGUGGACCCCAUGUUUCAGCGCAUGGCCUCAUCCUUUGAUGAGAGCAGCACAGCUGGAGUCUUCCUGUCAGUUCUGUUCAGUGAGAGCAGUCGCUGCGAGCUGCUCUUUCCAUCCCACAUGACCCUCCUGCAGUCCAGACCCGCCUACUCUCCUCCACCUCCACAGGGGGUCCCAGCAUCCCCAUUCAUGGCCGGACUGCAGCGUUCCCAGGAGAAAAGCUCCAUCUGCCCAUCACUGCAAGACUUCUCGUUCACUAGCUGGAAUCCGGAGCAGACCAUGAAUCAGCUCUUAGAGAAGAUGAAGCAGGGCGAGCAUGUGUUUGACGUGAACAAUGAGCCCGAGCCAGAGCCAGAGGAAGAUGACUGCCCUGACUUUGAUGGUGACUAUGAGGAGGGAGAGGGUGACUGUGAGGAUGGAUCAAAGGAACACAAGGAGGGUUUUGAGCCCUCUGGCUCUGGCAAAAGAAGGGAUGUGAUUCCCAUUGGAGAGGGAGACAUCACCACCAUGUGCUUGCAGCUGUCCUCUCAGCCCAGGGAGUAUUCAUACUUCAGCCCCAGGACCAUGGCCACGUGGGCUGGACCUGGCUACUGGCAGUUCAAACCGAAGCACAAGUUGGAUCAUUUGCCUGAAAAGGAGACACGUAAAAGGAAGCCCAAAAAGACCUUUGAAAUAGACUUCAAUGACGAUGUCAACUUUGAUACCUACUUCCGAACAACAAGGGCUGCCACCACUAACACCAAGUCUGCACUUAGUGCCAGAAGUAAAAAAACAACUCUACCAGCAGAUUUCCAGUUUCCUCCAGAGACGCUCUCCCAGCUCAGCCUCAAACCCUCCAGCACAUUAAGUCCAGAAGGACAGAAGAGGCUGUCUGCAGAGCUCGGAGAAGGCAUUGGAGAUUAUGACUACAACAACGCCAAUGACACAGCCAACUUCUGUCCAGGUCUACAGGGAGGUGACAGUGAUGAUGAUGUUGAAGGGUUUGCUGGUUCAGAUGACACACAGCCUUCGAGUGACAGCAUGCCUCCGCCCUCACAAGAUCUCGAGGGCGUGUCCACCUAUGGGGAGGAGGAUCUGGUACCUGAGCCACACAGGGUCAACAAGAUUGAAAUCAACUACGCCAAGACAGCAAAGAAAAUGGACAUGAAGAGACUCAAGAACAGCAUGUGGACUCUUCUGACUGACAGCCCAGAAAAACCCACAGAGGGGGUGGAGACUGUGGAGAAACCUGAAGUGUGUGGAGAGAAAGUGUUCAGUCAGACCACAAAGACGCUGCUUCAAAGAUUACCAAACACAAUGGCUCAGAACCUGUCAGUGGCACUGGCGUUUGUUGCUUUACUUCAUCUUGCCAAUGAAAAGAAUUUGGAGCUGGUGAAGGUUGAUGACAUGUCAGAUAUCAUCAUCAAACAAGGCCACUGAGAGAAUUAUGAAUCACAUCAGGCUUACUGCUACUCUUUUCUUCAAUUCUCUUCUUUUUCAGCUCUUUACUUUGUAUAUUUUUUUUCUUUUUGACGCUGUCCUGUUUCUAUCUCCUGUCUCUACCUGCUUUUAUUCUUUAUAAUAUAGUAUAAUGUUUGUUUCUCCUUUUAGUUUGUGCAGUUGAUGCAUAUCCUGUGUGUAGCUAAUU